UUCUUAACCGGAACAUAACCCCCCGUCGGAUUUAACGGAUUUACCAGCGCCUGGCAAUCGAACUGUUUGGCCGGCUGACUCGAGUUGGCCAGCUCCUUUUAGCCGUCGGUGAAUGGAAAAAGUGAAAAAGCAGUGAAAUACAGAAGGAAAAAAAGAAAACAAAACAAUACAGUUAACCGCAACUUACAAGCCGGAUCUAGAAAAAAAAAAUCUACGUUAAAAACUAGUUCGGAUCAAUCACAAAUCACUCUCGGAUUAUACAUACACACACACAUUUCGGUUCAGUGCAUCGGUGCAUCGUAACUUUAAGAUUUGCUUUAUAGUUUUAGUUAAAAGCAAAAAUUAAUAUUAAAUGACAGUGCACAGUAAUGAAACCGGUAUCUGUUUAGUAAUGAAUGCCGUUUCAACUCACCUUGCCACCUCGUCGCCCAACACGCCUCCAACCAACGCUCCGCAGAGUCCGCCCUCGACGCUGCCCACGCUCGCCUGUCCCGCCGCCCAGCCGCUGAGUGCGCCCGGAAUCUCCGGGCCAGGCCACAGUGGCAUGGUGACCUCGACGGUGCCGCCGGGCGCCCGCUCCACCUCGCCGUGCGGUCCGUCCGCCGGCCUGCCCGCCCUCUCGCUGGUCGGAGGCCCGCCCCCGGGACCGCACUCCUCCGCCCCCGGAGGAGCCCCGGCGCCCGGAGGCGGCAAUCCGCCCAACCGCUGCUGUGAUACCGGCCGCACCAUCUACACGGAUCCGGUGAGCGGCCAGACGAUCUGCUCCUGCCAGUACGACAUGCUCAACUACCAGCGACUAGCCGCCGCCGGAGGAGUGCCGCUGGGCGUCUAUCCGGAGGGCAUGUCCGCCUACCUCUCUGGGAUUGCGGCGGAUCAGCCGCCGUUCUACGCCAAUCCGGCUGGCAUCGAUCUGAAGGAGAACCUGGUGGCCGGAGCAUCGCCCUGGCCAUAUCCCUCGAUGUAUCACCCAUACGACGCGGCCUUCGCCGGUUAUCCGUUCAACAGCUACGGCAUGGAUUUGAACGGGGCCAGGAGGAAGAACGCCACCCGCGAGACCACCUCCACCCUGAAGGCCUGGCUGAACGAGCACAAGAAGAACCCCUAUCCCACCAAGGGCGAGAAAAUAAUGCUGGCCAUUAUCACCAAGAUGACGCUGACGCAGGUGUCCACGUGGUUCGCCAACGCGAGAAGAAGACUGAAAAAGGAGAACAAGAUGACCUGGGAGCCCAGGAAUCGCGUCGACGACGAUGAUGCCAAUAUCGACGAUGACGACGAUAAGAACACGGAGGAUAACGAUCUGUUAGACGCCAAGGACUCCGGCGUGGGCUCCACGGACGACAAGGACCGUUCCGGUCGCCUGGCCGACAUGAUGGCUGACCGCCCCGGCGAGAGCAACAACAGCGAGUGGUCCGAAUCGCGACCGGGAUCGCCCAAUGGAUCACCGGACCUCUACGACCGCCCAGGCAGCAUGCCGCCGGGCGCCCACCCCCUCUUCCAUCCCGCCGCCCUGCACCACCACUUCCGGCCGCCGGCGGGAUCGCCACCCGAUAUCGCCGCCUACCACCACCACCAGCAGCAGCUGCUGCAGCAGCACCAGCAGGCGCAGCAGAACUCGCUGCAGACAGCGGUGGGUGGAACGGCGAAGCCGAGGAUCUGGUCGCUGGCCGACAUGGCCUCGAAGGACUCGAGCAAGGACUCGAGCUCCGGGCCCAAGGACAAUCACCUGCCCGAGCUGCCGCCCGCGCAUCCCGGCUUCUAUGGCCACCCGGGCCAGCAGCCCUCGCCCGGCAAGAUUCUAUCGCCGCUGGCGGCCAGGAUUCCCAACUAUUCGCCCUACGUCCGACCCGAUUUGUACCGAGGAUUCUACGGCCCAGCUGCGGCGCACCUGAGCGCACCCACGCAGGAGUUCCUCGAGCAUCAGCGCAGCUUUGGAGCCAGUUUGGCGGCCCACAAUGGGCCACUGGGCAUGAAUCCACUGCUAUGGAAGGCGGCUGUCUCGGGGGCGGCGGCCAAUGGACCCCACUUUGCACCGCUUAGCCUCACGACCUCGGGCGGAAGCGGCGGUGGAGCCCACCAGGUGGCCCCGCCGCCCGUCGCCUCGCCCUCCGCCUCCAGCUCCUCCUCCUCGAUGGGCUGCGAUGUGGUCCACAUACCCACGAGCAGCGGCCAGUCGGCCGCCCAGCACAUGAUGGGACCAAUAUCCAGCAACUCCACCGCCUCGUCAUCCAGUUCGCACUCCGGAAAGAUAUCGCCCGGCGUGAAUGUGACCUCGCUGAGUGCAAAGCCAUGACAUCCAUCGGCGGCAUCUCCGGAUCCGGAUCCCUCGACAUCGGCCUCCCCCUCGGUUGCCUCGCCCAUUUCCGCCUUCCGCUCGCUGAUCGCCUUCCGGGAGCAGCAGAAGCUAACGCUCCUGCGGCCGUAGUCACUUCCAGUUUUCGAAUCAAAAUAUCCGAUUUCGAUUUCGAGGCCCGGGCUUGAAAGGUAUAAUUACACUUUCGGACAAUAAUUUACAAUGUGAUUAUUCGGUAUUUUGAUUAACGCCGCUUAUACCAAAUAGCAAGCAAACAGAACGAAAACGAAAAGAAAACCAGCUGAAAUGCAGCGGUUCCUCUUUUGGCAAAGGGCCCUUCCAAAACAAAAAAAAAAAAAAAUAAAAUUCGACAAAAAAAGAAAAGAAACCGAACCGCUGCCCCAGACGUUGUGCAAUUUUGUGGAGAAGAUAAUCCAAAAACCAUUUGAAGAUACGUUAAUUUAAUUACAUACAACUUAUGCAAUCAGAGCUUAUAGGAUGUAAAUUGGAAGAUAUAUAGCAGGGCGACAUCAAUGAAUACAACAUACACAUACCCGACCACUAACAUAUAACCGAGAGAAGGCAGAUCCGAAAGACCCACUAAAUUGUAGGAGCACAAUUCCUGGCAGCUAGGUCCACUUCUAUCACCUCAGUAGAUUUCAAUUAUAUCGUUUUUAGUUUUAAAGGCCCCGCGGGAGGACCCGAAACAUAUCAAUCCAAGUCUGCUGAAAACCCCGAUUGUAAACCCCCAUCCCAUUUCCUUUCCCAAUUUCCUUUCCUAUCGAACCGAGCCCAAACCCAAGCCAAAUGUACACGAGCAAUCAUUGAUUUAGCUGUUAUUGUUUUUAUCGUCUUAAGUUACCAAUUUGUUCCUGUCGUUUAUAAAUAUAAUUUAUUUUACUUCGUAUGUACCAUAAUUUUCUACGUGUGUAAUUAUUUCCUAAACUAGAGAUCCAUGUAUUGCUGUACUUUAUGCACAAGUUGUAAGUAUGUAAGCUCGCGUAAUUGUAGCGCCCUAAGCGUAGUGUAAAUUAGUAAAACUGUAUAUACUUAUAAUAAAAGAACGAUAAUGAGACACAUUAAACAAAAGCCACAAUUAUUGGUAUAAAUAAACAAAA